AUGAUAUUUGUUUUCUUUUUUAGUGGGAACAUCGUAGGUUAUCAUGUGAUUGUUCCGUGCAAACCCUGCCUUCUUUCCUGCAACAACGGGCAUUUCUGGAUGUUUCAUAGUCAGGCAGUUUUUGGUAUCAACCGGUUAGAUUCCACUGGUGUAAAUCUACUACUUUGGGGCAACUUGCCAGAAGCAGAAGAAAAUACAGAUGAAGACACAUUAGAUAUUUCUGAGGAGGAAUGUAUUAGAUGA